GGUUUCGGAAUCGAGGCUUCACCCAAACAUCCGCGCCUCGUUCCGGUCUUUUCCCGUGUGAGUUGCAACAUGGCGGUCGGAAAGAACAAGGGACUUUCGAAAGGAGGCAAAAAGGGCCUCAAAAAGAAGAUUGUUGACCCCUUCACUCGUAAAGAUUGGUACGAUGUCAAGGCUCCAUCAAUGUUCCAAAUCCGCAACGUUGGGAAGACCCUCGUUAACCGUACACAGGGAACCAAAAUCGCCUCCGAUGGCCUCAAAGGACGUGUGUAUGAAGUUUCCCAGGCUGACUUGAACAACAACGAGGAUGCUUUCAGGAAGUUCAAGCUUGUUUGCGAAGAAGUGCAGGGCCGUCAUUGCCUCACCAACUUCCACGGAAUGGACUUGACAACUGACAAGCUCCGAUCCAUGGUCAAGAAAUGGCAGACCCUGAUCGAGGCUCAGGUGGACGUACGCACGACCGACGGCUUCGUUCUUCGACUGUUCUGCAUUGGCUUCACCAAGAAGACCCAGAGCCAAGUGAAGAAAACUUGCUACGCCCAACACGCCCAGGUCCGUGCCAUCCGUCGCAAGAUGGUCGAGAUCAUCCAGCGCGAGGUAUCGUCCUGCGACCUGAAGGACGUCGUCAGCAAACUGAUCCCCGAAUCGAUCGGCAAAGACAUCGAGAAGGUCUGUAAUGCAAUCUUCCCGCUCCAUGACGUGCUCAUCAGGAAGGUCAAGGUGCUCAAGAAGCCCAAGUUCGACAUGAGCAAGCUCCUUGAGCUGCACGGCGACUCGAAGGGAUCCUCUGGAACCAAGACCGCCGACGGUAUGGCUGUCGACCGCCCCGACGAUUAUGAGCCCCCAGUGCUCGAGACCGUCUAGAAUUGAUGAUGGCCAAGAACAUCAUUUGUCAUCAAGCUCCACCAUUGGGGUAAUAAAAAAAAGUUUCA